CUCAAAUCUUGAAAUUGAAGUAAUGCCAUGCUUGGAUUUUAAGUAAAUCCUUCCACACCAUCUGGUUUUGACUUAUAUUUUGUAAUCUAUCUAACACUAUUGAACUUUUACUGCCACUCGUUUAUGAUAAUUUCAUGUCACUUAUUUAACGAAAAAUUAAAUUCAAUUGGCAUGUAAAUUGAACAUAGAACGCAAAUGGAUAAAUUCUUCCUCGAACUAACAACUUAAGCUUAAAAACUUCACGAUUUAAGAUGUUCACGCGGAAUUUUGACUAUAUUUUAGAAGCUACUACUAUUAUGCUAUCUUGAGGUCUGCAUUCACACCAUUAACUAAGGAUUGUACAGAGGAUUUUCAAUUUAAUAAAGGAGAAACAUUGCUUCUUCAUAUGUUAACGCUCAUAAAUGAUUAGUAUACAGAGAAUGUUUACCCACAGUAUGAUUAAAAUAAAAAGCCAAUUACUUUUCUUAAUGUCUACAACCUAGUAUCAUCCUAGAAGUUUGCUAAUCAUUGUGUAAACUGCAAGUUUUCUUUCUGGCAUCUGUUAGGACCAAAUAGGGGCAAUAAAUAUAGGCAUAAUACUCCAUUAGAACAACCUUUCUAAUAUCUGCUGAGUUUUUGUUACAUAUAAAGAAUUUUAGGGAGGGUUUUGGUGUGAGAAAAAAAAGUUGUAUCUGUAACGAGGUGGUAUGGCCAUAGAAGGUGAGCAUAGCGUACCAUCCGAAGUGAUUCUUGAGAAUGUGUGGGCUAAUUUCAUUGCUGAGAAGGGAACUGAUAAUGCACAAAAGGAGGCCGUUGGAUCAAUUGAUCCAUGGCAAGACUUACCUAAUCUUGAUCGAUCAAUGGAGAACUUGUUAGAGAGGCUGCCAAGUUUAGGGAAGUGGAUGUCGAUGGGAGCCGAGGCAUGGGAGGAGCUUCUUGACGAAACAAUUCUCUCAAGAAGUACGGAGAAUUCUUCAAAUAAUGUUUGUUCAGACAGAAAUUGUACUAAGUAUUCGAAUCCAGUACAAUCUAAUACUAAAAAAGUCGAGAAGAAGGUGAUUACCAGGCACUACAGAGGGGUGAGGAGGCGGCCAUGGGGAAAGUACGCGGCAGAAAUAAGAGAUUCAUCAAGAAAGGGAGCUAGAAUUUGGCUUGGAACUUUUGAAACAGCAGAAGAAGCUGCAAUGGCUUAUGAUAAGGCUGCUUUAAGAAUUAGAGGCCCCAAGACAUACCUAAAUUUUCCACUUGAAAUAGUGGCUAAGGCUUCUUGUGAUCAAACAAUAGAUUCCACCCAUACUUUUCUGGCUAAGGCUUCUUAUGAUCAAAAUAAUAUGAAUUUUUCAUCAUCUUCUCGGCCAAUAGAUUCGACUGAUACUUUUCUGGGCUGUUGUGAUUCACAGAAAAGGAAGUGGGGGACGGAAUUGGAUUCUUUUGACUAUGAACAACCAGCACAUAAAAGAAUGAUAAGCAGUUGGGAAAAUGAGAUGUUUAGGAGUAAUAUUGAUGUGUUAGAGUUUCAAGACCUUGGAAAUGAGUAUUUGGAGAGUUUAAUGUCCAGUUUCUGACAAAAUAUAAUCCAUUUCUUAGUUAUUA